AUGGAUGCUCCUCAGGACAGAGACAUUAAACUUCAGCGUGCUUCUAAUGAUUUGAUACGAGAAGCAAGAUCAAAACUCGUCCUGCUCCUCUGGAAAUCGCGUCCUGGCGGCGGCCGUGAGGUCCAUCGGCUAGCACAAGUUCGCAAGGCUUUAAAACUGAUAACUCUCUUGGAACCAUUUCAAGAAUGGCCACAGCUUUUAGAUCCAUAUCUGCAAGAUAUACUAUCAAACCUAGUGGAUGCAUUCUUAGCAUAUCUGGAAGUGCAUAGAGCUCAAUAUGUGCUCGCGUCAUCGAACGUUUCGAUGCAGAGCAGAGCCACAAUGGGCCCUCUGAUUCCUUUGCCCAGGGCAAUCUGCAUGAUUCUAUACACGCUCUGCAAAAUCCGUGGCGUCAAAGUCAUUAGCUGGUUUUUCAACAAUGAGCCAAAAUAUCUGGAAGUCAUGUUGCGCGUCUUCAUUGAAUGGGACAGUGAUGCCGCCACCCCCGAGGCAGACACCAGUGAAACAGCCAGCACGAACGCUCAGCCCAAGUCUCUAAUUUGGCAAGAGAGAUACGUAAUGCUUCUUUGGCUAUCUCAUCUACUUCUUGCGCCGUUCGACCUCGCGUCUAUCUCGUCAGAGACAUUGCCGGUGCCGUAUGAUAAUCUUUCGGUUGUCCCUGAUCUAUCCCCGGAUAUCCCCCGUGUGUCUUGUUCGAUUCUUUCGAUAUGUCUUAAGUAUGUUGUGCUUCCUGGGAAGGAACGGGAGGCUGCUACCCUGUUGUUGUCUAGACUUUCCCUGCGGGUGGAUAUGCAACGAUUGGGCCUUUUAGACUCUCUCAUGCGGUGGGCGCUGGAUAUUCUACAUCCGAAAACUGAAGGUAUAGUUCCGCCGCCGGUAUACACCUGUAUUGGAGUGCUUUCUUUUAUCUCUAGGCUUGGGGCAUCUGGGCAAGUUGGCGAUUUGGCCUCAUUUAUUGUGCCGAUAUUUAACGGAAUUCUGCCCUUAUCUGAAGGAGAAUCACCCCUUGCUCAGACGAUUAGGUCGUCUGCAUCUGCCAGGAAGUCGAUGGUAAAGAUUCUCCGGACUAUCACGACUCUCGUGAUAUCGUUGGAAGAGAGCCCUGGACAUCAUCAAAUUCCUGAGGAGACUGUGUCGAUGAUCCUGGAGAACGCAAUUGAUUACUUCCUUGUCUCGCUCGGUGAUAGAGAUACCCCAGUACGAUUGGCAGCGAGCAAGGCACUUAGCAUGAUUACUCUCAAGCUGGCUCCAGAUAUGGCUUCCGAUAUCGUAGAGGCAGUUAUUAGUUCACUGGAUGAGAAUAUCCUUUAUGAGAGGCAGGAUGGCACGUUAAUCACGCCAUCUGAAGCCCAGAAUGUCGACGUUAAGUUACGGAAGCGCAACAUAAGCGCCGUAUGCCCUCAAAAGUGGCAGGGUCUGAUCCUCACUCUUGCGCAUUUACUAUACCGCCGCUCGCCACCAACCGCCCUGCUUCCCCAAGUGCUUCAGUCACUAGUAUCUGGACUAGAUUUUGAGCAACGGUCAUCGACGGGUAGUUCAGUCGGAACCAAUGUUAGAGAUGCUGCAUGCUUUGGAAUAUGGGCUUUAGCUCGGAAGUACACGACUAGCGAACUACAGGACCUCGACGCCCAGGAAUUGAAGGUGACAACAAACCAGGAAGAUGGGAGUACGUUGCAAGCUCUUGUGAUAGAACUUGUCUGUGCUGCAUGUUUAGAUCCCUCGGGAAAUGUUCGACGCGGCGCUUCUGCUGCAUUGCAGGAGCUUGUUGGUCGCCAUCCAGAUACAAUUUUCGAAGGCAUUCCUUUGAUUCAGGUUGUUGAUUAUCAUGCCGUUGCUCGCAGGUCGAGGGCGAUGAUCGAUGUUGCAACAGGGGCUUCGGAUAUAGGAACUUUGUACUGGAAACCCCUCGUGAAUGGCUUCUUACAGUGGAGGGGCAUUGGCUCUCCUGACGCAGAGUCGCGACGAACUGCUGCUCGUGUCCUCGGCGAUUUAAGCCUUCAGGAAUCAUACAAGUCCUUGAGCAUAAUGCUUGAGCGACUUGUACAACAGCUUUCUACGACACCACUACAAGCUGUUGAGGCAAGACAUGGCCUAUUUUUAUCUAUUGCUGCUACUAUUGAUGCUUUCAUCAGGCAUAGAAACCAGGGAGGUGGCAAAUCCUGUUCGCCCGAGUAUACCAAAAAGGUCGUGGCUCAAAUUACUGAUCUUUGGGGGACUAUUUUUGACUCUGCUAUCGCCCCAACAGCGGACGUCCUGACGGAUCAUACUCUACGCCCUGACCUCACUGCUGAGGCUUGCGCAUAUCUUAUCUCUUCUCUUUCUCGCUCCUGCGGGCCCGAGGAGCAACAAAAUGAUGUCCACCCUACUCUCCCCCACCCAUCUCCUCGAUUGCUUGAUAAAGUUAUUGAGGUCUUGCUGUUAUGUAUGUUUCGACCAGAUGAUAUUCCGAUUGAGGCCUCAUCGCAAGCAGCUUCGUACUUAUUCGCACUACUUCCUAACUCUCAAAAGUUGGAGGUUGUGCAAAAAUGGUUCAACAAUAUUCAGGAUAACUGGCGGUUGGAGACUGGGCGCGGGCAAAUUGCAGCAUUGGGUGCGGUUUUCAAACGGAUGCCGACAGCUGGUGAAGGGAGGCAGUUUAUUAUAGAUAAGCUCAUCGAUUGUACCGGGGUGGAAGAGAAAAUCGCUAAACGGUCGUCAGCUGUGAAGUGUCUUGCUUCUGGUGUGUUGCCGGAUAUAGAUGAUGUAGAAUCCCUUGCUGGGCACUUCAAGACCUUUCUUAAUGACUACACAACGGACCGAAGAGGUGAUGUUGGUUCGUUCAUCAGGCUUGAGGCGAUCGAGGCAGUUAAUGUCAUCCUUGAAUCGAAAGUGCCACCUGGCUCAGCACCUGUCUACCUGAAGGACUUGAUGAGCUGUGUUGUACGCCUCACCGCAGAAAAACUUGACAAAGUCCGCUUUCACGCGUGGAAAUGUUUUAAGACAUUUUGGGAGACAUCCACGGACUUGCCUCCUCUAACAAAGAAAUUUGAGCAUUUUAGCCAAGUCUCUACGGCAGACUAUUUCUUACAACUUUGCGACUUACUACAGGUUGACUGGCUUCGUCACUCGCUCUCUAAAGGCAUGGUAACGUCCGCUACCACCGGUACCGAAGUAGUAGUCCGAUCCGCCCGCUUCGCGCUUUUGCAAUACAUAAAUAGCCAGAACGAUGAGCAAAAAAACAAUAUAUGUGCUAAACUUAUCGAAGACUGGCUCUCGAUACUGGAAAGCGAUAAUGAUGACGAUCGUUAUGCUAUCCCAGCUGUAGAAAUGAUUGUGUUCUUACUUGACAACUACUUCUUGCAUAAUUCCCCUGAUCCGAAUAUCAACUACCAAAAUCUCUUCGUUGCUGUUCAAAAGUUCCAUUAUAAAUCAGCCAAUAUGGCCCGGAUUGAAGCUGCGAUAAAAGUAUAUGCACUCCUUUGGAGGCUGAAUGUUGUUAGAGGAGACGCCAUGAAAAAGCUGACGGGAAUGCUGUUGCAUCCAUAUCCUAAGAUCCGAACCAUUGCCGCGGACUGUUUAUAUAUGGAGAGCCAUAUUGAGGAAAUGAAAGGCGAAGACUGGUCAAGUCCCCCAAAGCAAUUGAAAGCGAAGGUUGAUAAUUUGCGACUAGUUCUUUCUCGUCAUCCACAUGAUAUCUCUCAAUAG